GCCAGACGUGCCGGACAAUUCUGGGUGCAGAAGCCAGCACAGGGAGAGUCACCAAGAAGUCCCCAAAACUGAAUGAAAAAGCUGAGAUCUUGAGUGACUAUCAAUGACUCCAAAGCCCCUCAGACAGCUGGAGGAGACGCUCUUGCUCCUACUAGUCUGAUCUCCCACAUGGCUGCGGAAAGCAAUGCUCUUCAGGUUCCCUUGCGUCAGAAGCAGAGGAGGAAAACUCAAGGUAUUUUCACCAUGAGUCGGAGGAGGAUAUCAUGCAAAGACCUGGGGCACGCUGACUGCCAAGGGUGGCUGUAUAAGAAAAAGGAGAAAGGAACUUUCCUGAGCAAUAAAUGGAAAAAGUUCUGGGUGGUGCUGAAGGGGUCAUCGCUGUACUGGUACAGCAGUCAGAUGGCAGAGAAAGCUGAUGGGUUUGUCAACCUGCCCGAUUUCACGGUGGAAAGAGCAUCCGAAUGCAAGAAGAAACACGCAUUUAAGAUCAACCACACGCAGAUCAAGACUUUCUUCUUUGCAGCUGAGAAUUCACAGGAAAUGAGUGUGUGGUUGAAUAAACUUGGAUUAGCUGUAAUCCACCAGGAAUCCACUACCAAGGAUGAAGAAUGCUACAGCGAGAGUGAGCAGGAAGAUGCGGAAAUAGCUGCCGAGACACCACCCCCUCCUUACGCCUGUGCCACUUCCUCCACCCCUCCGGCUGCACGGCAGGCGUCUUCCUCCUCACCCAAGCUGAGCGAAACAUCGUGUUCUUUCUCUUCUCUGGAAAGCACAGUAAAGACGCACUGUGGCCUUUCUUCCUCACGAUCUAAAGAGAGACAGUCCUGGCUCGACAUGGUCCACAGCGCACCUGCUGCUGAAGGUGUGGGGCUCCCCCUGACACUGGCUGUGCAGGUACAUGCACCAGCGCCCUCUGAGACAAACGGUUGCGGGGCUGCGGAAGUCAGCUCGGGCACGCCAGAGAGUGGGUUUUUGAACUCGUUAUCUAGUGAAGACACUUCUUCACUGAGUAGCCAUCAAGACCAUCUGACUAUCCCGGACAGAGCUGUUGUCGGAUCAAAGAUGACGGAUAGAGAAGAAACAAAAGUGUCUGAACAUGAUGAAAUGGAGAAGCUCUACAAGUCAUUAGAGCAAGCCAGUCUCUCUCCUCUUGGGGACCGACGGCCUUCAACCAAAAAGGAACUGAGGAGAUCUUUUGUUAAGCGCUGCAAAAACCCAUCCAUAAAUGAGAAGCUUCACAAGAUCCGCACCUUGAAUAGCACGUUAAAGUGUAAAGAGCAUGACCUCGCUAUGAUCAACCAACUGCUGGAUGAUCCGAAGCUGACAGCCAGGAAGUACAGAGAGUGGAAGGUCAUGAAUGCCAUGCUGAUCCAGGACAUCCACCACCAGCAGCAGCAGCAGCAGCAGCAGCAGCUGGCCCCUCCAGCUCCUGACGGGUCCUCCCAGGAACUCAAGAAGCCCCUGUCUUCUGCGUGUGUCGAAAAUUCUGUCUGAGAAGAAGCCAGGACUCUUACACAUUACUGUGGCAUUCGACAGGAUGUUGCAAGACCUUACAUUUUUUUCCUGUAAAGGAAAAUUGAAAUUCAGUUCCUCAAGCACCAACCCCCAUCUAAAGAUGCAACCAAGGCAAAGACACCUAUUCCCAUAUGUCACCUUUGUCACGACUGGAAUGGUGGGGUUUGUCUGAGCAGACGUGUGUGUGUGUGUGUGUGUGUGUGUGUGUGUGUGUGUGUGUGUGUCUUCUACUGCGAGCUCACAGGAUGCAAGGUUCUAGGUGGAAUGUGAGAAAUGUAUCUUUCCUCCUUUGCUUUCAAGAUGGACAUACCUUCUCUUUUCAAGAGAUGUUA